GAAGAACUUGGAUCCAUUUCUGAUGCUGGAUGAGUUUAAAGUCUGCAAGCCAGCUGGUUUCCCGGACCACCCUCACAGGGGAUUUGAGACGAUCAGUGUAAAAUGAUGUGGACUGUAGUGGAGUCUGACAGAAGGUUUGUCGCACCAGCGCCAGCUGACAUGAUCUUGAACCUUCCGUCUCCUCGUACUGUCCCGAAAUCACCAGACGUUCCUGCGAGGAUGUUUGAUUUGGCAGAUGAUGCCAAGAUCUCCCGGGAAUUUGCGCAGCUGCGGAGACGGAUCACGGACAGAUCGCUGCUGGACCCCGGCGCUCCAACCUCACACAGAUGUGCACCAUAACCUUUGACCCCCACUCUUCCUCUGAGGCGAAGGAGAGCAUGCGGAGCCAGUCAUAAUUAUUCUCGCACUUGGUAGAUGAUCUUGAGCUUCCUCAGAUGCUCGUGUUCAUUAAUGUGAGGUUUCUUCAACAGGUGACGUAUGUGCUCCAGGGAGUCACAGCACACGAGGACUUCUGUGGACACUCAGGAAAACUGAGACCUGGAGAUCUGCAAUGGAUGACAGCUGGACGGGGCGUGGUUCAUGCUGAGAUGCCGGUCUCAGAUGAGCCGGUCGUGGGCCUGCAGUUGUGGGUGAACCUGUCGAGACGAGAGAAGAUGGUGGAGCCAGCUUACCAGGAGCUUCCAAGCUCCAAGAUACCCAAGCGCACGGAUGGUGGAGUCACCGUUGUGGUGAUAUCAGGAGAGGCCUUAGGAGCAAAGUCCAAGAUUUACACCAGAACCCCAACCAUGUACCUGGACUUCAGCCUGCAGAGUGGAGCCACACAUGUGCAGCCAGUGCCAUGUGGAUGGACUUCUUUCCUCUACACUCUGGCUGGAUGUGUUCAUGUAGGUCCAGAUGAAGAGCAGCGGCGAGUGGAGGCCCAUCACACCGUGGUGCUUGGCGAUGGAGACUGUGUUAAACUUGAAAACAAGGAUGCUGAAGAGUCUCACUUCGUGCUGAUCGCUGGGCAGCCUAUCAAGGAACCUGUGGUGCAACAAGGCCCGUUUGUAAUGAACACAGAAGAGGAAAUCGCUCAGGCCAUCCGAGAUUACAGGUCUUGCAGCAAUGGCUUUGAGCGAGCCAAAAACUGGAGAUCCAAUAUCAGGGAUGCUGUCUGACGCUGACACUGGAGGCAGGGCGGCUGUGAGUUGUGCCUGGGAACCGAGUUGUACGAAUCAAGUUUGCAAAAUAUUCAAUGCAAUUUCACUCACUUCUGUUUUGUUAAACCGUCGUCCCCGAUCUGCUCCUCGGCUCUGUGGUCUGACAAUCCUGGUUUAUUUUGAGUUUUUCAAGAUGUGGACCAAAUAUUGUCGCUUUCAUUCAACAGCAGUCAAACAAGUAGGUCCCACUUGCCAUUAAAUAUUUUGUAUUAGUAAAGUUAUUACUUCUAAUAAUCAGUAAAUAAUGUGCAGUUUUGUGUUGUGUCCAUCCAAAGAAUGUAGUCAUGUGGAACAAGCUGCUAACAGGUACUUUAUUAUGAUCAAUAAUAUGAACACGCAACUGAGUAAGUUGUUUGUUUAUGGUUGAUAUGGUGUUUGCUAAAGAGUGACCAGCAACUGCAUUCACCAGAUUUGAUGUACUUGUCACAUAAAUACUUGAAAGCAAAAAAUGACCUUUCACUGCUGACACGGUUAAAACCUCACUCUGAAGUGCCUUUGUUUUUGAUCAAGCUUGAGCUGUGCUGCCUUGUUCUUCCUACAUAGUAAUGUUACUUUUCUGGACUAGAUCUGUUUGUUUAGUGUUUAUUGCAUUUGGAUAAAAUGAUCUUUUGUCAGUUAAAGCUGUUUUGUGUGGCGUGAAAUUGCUCACUGAUAAUGUCAAGUGCAACUUCUUUAUGUUUGAAUUUGUGUUUUAGUGGAGGAGAAUGUGCAUAUUUCCAAGCUUAGCCAAGACAGUUCUUAAAGUGCUAAUGUUGUGCUGGCUUCUAUGGUCACGCUUUAGAUUAGGGAACAUUUAUCGCCUUAAAUCAACGACUUAUUUCUAUGUGUAUUUGCAGCUCAUUAUUAGUGUUUGAUUACUCUAUAGGACCGACUCGUAUUUACCCUGGAAUAGAAAGUUCACCAAACAACACCAUGAUCAUGAAGUAUAAACUGUAAAUAAACAAAUAAGUGGUUUAUUAAUAGGUGACAUGUGUUCCCCCAUCUCUCAUAAUGUUCAUGUUAUAGUUAUGAGGUUGGUUUUAACUCAUUUUAUGUUGUUCUUCAAUGAUGAAGGUUUGAAUCCCUAUUUAUACUUACUGUGCUCUUUUGCAUGUGAUAAAAAAAAGUAAAAGAUUAAAGCUACAGCAAAAUAAAAAAACUGUCACUGUAGCAAAGACAUUGAAUCUCCUCAUUUCUCAGCAGCCAACCUUCACUG